ACGCAGGCUCAGCCUUGGGCUCACUCAGCGGGGGAUCUAGGCCCAGACAGCCCAGUCCAAGCACACACCUGACAGCACUCCCUAAGACCUGCAGGGUGGACACAGGCACUUAGGCUGCAUAUUGGGAUCUCCAGUGACUUGUCACCAGUGCUGAGACAUAAAAGCUUGCACCUGUGCCCAACACGAAAUCUAGAAAACAUGGCCCCACGUGUCCCUGUAGACCUAGGUAGGGGAAAGCUCCAGGGCCAUUGUUGGGGGUGACCUGGUAUUAGAUUUGGUCUCACACAGAGGUGGGUUCACAGCUCCUUUCUAGCCACUUAAUCUCCCCGGGCCUCAGUUCCUCCUCUGUAAAAUGGGGGCAGUGUUCCCUGGCUUGUCGGGGAGAUGUGAGGCUGGCAGUGUGCUAGUGCGUGGUGUGCUGCCGCUGCACCUUCAGAAUCUCCAAGAGGAGGUGGAGGAAGCAGCCCAGUUGGUGGGUGGCUGGGGAAACCACAGAAUUUGUUUUGAAACAACCUUGGUAUUGCAAAGGUACCUGUUCAUCCAGUACCCAAAUCAAAUGCAUGUUAAUUUGGGGAGGUUUUGCAGGUGCAGGUGGCAGGUAAACUGUUAUAUGCUGUCAGCUAUGCCGAUGGUCAACAUGAUGGGUCACCAGGAUACCAGCAGAGGCUUCCAGCCACUCUGUCCUGGGCCCUGGGGAUACGUCAGUGAGCCGGACACAGGGAGCAGAGCUGGAGCACCAGGACCCCAGCUCCAGGGCCUCUCUGUCCACGCCUAGUCAUGCUAGGGCUGAGAAUCCAGAGCAUCCCAGGAAAAGACGCUGAGUCGCUUUCUAUCCCUCCCUGACGCUCCCUGGUAGCUGCAAGCUCAGCAGUUCCAGGGUCCGGCCAGGGCAUUGCCGUGUGCGGGGCCGGGGCCUCCUGACUUAAGCAGGAACUGAAGGUGGCUGGAGAGAGCCUCAGCCAGGGUGAGGAAAUCCCCUCUGAGCACAGCAAGAAAAGGGGAAGCCCACUUUCUGGCUCAAUGAGAAGAAGCUGGGCAGCCAUGCCAGACCACAGGGGUUUUGGCCACACCCAGGGUCAGAAGCAGCUGGGACAGUGUGGCAUGAGGGCUCUGAGCAGGGGCCUGAGUCACAGUCCUGGGUUCGGCUCCUGGCUCUGCCACUGCCUGGCUGGAUGGCCCUGAUCCCGUCUGCCUUGCUCUCCCUCCCGGGACUCUCCCGCCGCAGCCAUGGUCUGGAAGAAACUGGGCUCUGGCAACUUCUCCAGUUGCCCCAACGGCUCUCGCCAGUGGAUAUGGGACGUGUUUAGGGAAUGUGCCCAGGAUGGCUGGGACGAGGCCAGCGUGGGCCUGGGCUUGGUCUCCAUUUGCUGCUUCGCUGCAUCGACCUUCCCCCAGUACAUCAAGGCCUGCAGGGCGGGCAACAUGCAUGAGGCCCUGUCUCUGUGGUUCCUGCUGGGCUGGCUGAGUGGCGACUCCUGCAACCUCAUCGGCUCCUUCCUCGCCGACCAGCUGCCUCUGCAGACCUACACGGCGGUGUAUUACGUCUUGGCCGACCUGCUGAUACUGACGCUGUACUUUCAUUACAAGUACAAGAAACGCACCUCCCUGGUGUCUGCCCCCAUCAAUGCUGUGCUCUUGCUCAUCCUGGGGACGGCCUUCACCACCACGCUGCUGAGCAGCCCUCGCCCCAUGGCCGCCCCACGGGAGGGCUUCCGGGGCCGGACACUCCUGUCGGUGGAGCCGGGCAGUAAGCCCUUCACCCGGCAGGAGAUCAUUGGCUUUGUCAUCGGCUCCAUCUCCAGCCUGUUGUACCUGCUCUCCCGGCUGCCUCAGAUACGCACCAACUUCCUGCGGAAGUCGACCCAGGGUGUCUCCUACUCGCUGUUCGCACUGGUGAUGCUGGGGAACCUGCUGUAUGGGCUGAGUGUGCUGCUCAAGAACCCCGAGGUGGGCCAGAGUGAGGGCAGCUACGUGCUGCACCACCUGCCCUGGCUCGUGGGCAGCCUGGGCAUGCUGCUGCUCGACUCCAUCAUCUCCAUACAGUUCCUGGUGUACAGGAAGGCGGCCCUUUCCUCAGAGCGUGAGCCCCUCCUCCCCAGCUGACCGCUCCCCAGGCCGGGCCAGGAUGACCGAGACGUCCAGACGCCAUGCCCAGGGCGGUGCGGGCCCCCACGGCGCUGCCCAGCCUGGAUCAGGCCUCGAGGAAGCCAGUGGAAGGCCAAGCCGCCUCCCCCCAUGCCUCAGAACCUCUGUGGGCUGCCUCAGCGACACUUCCUCGGAGCUAGCAGGCCCCAAGGCCCAGCCCACUGCUUGGAAUCUGGGAUGCACAGCUCCCGGGGGUUACGGCAGCUGCCCCUGGGAGCAGAUGGAAGGGGCUGCAGCUGGGACCUCUGGCUGCCCCCCUGGCCCACCUACCUCAUUCUGCCUGCUCAGCCCCGGAGGGGAAGGUGAUGUCCCAGCUGCAGCCUGCUGCACCCAGGACUGUCCUGCUGUCUGUCUGCAGACAGCCCAGUAAACAGUACCUCCCAGGAA